AUGGGUCAAGCCAUGCGCAUUGCCAAAUACGAUCGGGCGGCGAACGAACGCAACGCCGUGACGGCCUUGACCAUGGCCGGUCAGGCCUUGAGCUGGUACCGUCUCGACGACGGAGUCAUGGGCGGCAAAUCCGACACGCAACAACACGUUACGGAGGACGGUGUGUUGCACUUUGACGGAACCAUCAACACCGAAGGUGGAGGCUUUGCGUCGAUCCGCACCAUGCUACCACCGGGAGUACUGCCAUCGACUCGCACCGCGGCGAUACGAUUGCGGGUGCUGGGCGACGGCAAAACCUACAAGCUCUUUUUGACCGAUGGGACGGCGGGGGGACCCCUGUCGAGGAGUCCGUCCUGGCAGGCCGAUAUUCCCACCCGGAACGAUGGAACCUGGCAGGAUGUUCGCGUGCCACUCGACUCGUUGCUACCUAACUUUGGUGGCGGGGUCCGUCGUAAUCCCAACGAAGAUAAGGCCAAUUACACGUUCGUGGCGGAGGAGAUGAAUCAGAUUGGACUCAUGCUUUCGCUUAAACUGUCCAACGGCGAGCCGAAUCCCAAAGAGACCUUUGGAGAAGGCAUCUUUCCUUUUUCGCUCCGGGUGCAGUCCGUUGAACCCGUGGAUGAGCCAGAGGAAAACCCCUCAAAUACCUGA